AUGCUGUACACCGGGUACCUGCGCUCGCUCGCAGGGGUGAUGGGCGCGCAGGGGGGAUGGGCGCGCAGGGGGGAUGGGCGCGCAGGGGGGAUGGGCGCGCAGGGGGGAUGGGCACGUGGGAUGAGACGGGGGGAGGGAGCACGAGGGACAGUGGCAGGCCGUGGGAAUGCUGUACACGGGAUACCUGUGCACGCAGGGGGGAUGGGCCCGCCUCCUUCUCCCUGCCUUGUCAUUCUCACCCGCUGUGCCUUGUCAUGCCAUCGCCUGCUUCCGUUCCGGCGAAUCUCAACGGCGUCACUAACCAACUUUCGCCCGCUCCUCCACUCGCCCCCACCUCGUCCCAAUCUCCCUUCAGCCCUUUCCGCUCCCCGCCUUCGUCCUCGUCCCCGUUUCCUGCCACCGUCAGCCGCGCUGCUUUCUCUGCACUCCGCUCGCCCCGCUCUAGCGGGCUCGCAGCAGAGGAAAAACAUUCGGCGCCGCACCUUACACUCGCCUCACUCGCCCACUCCCUCUCCCCUCUUCCCCACUCUCUCCCCUCUCUCCGCUCUUCCGCACCCUAUCCCCUGGAUCCCCUCUCUCUCCUCUCUCCCUUGCAUCCCUCCCUCUCACUCCCUCUCCCACCCUUUCCACCCUUCCGCCUGUCCCCGCCCUCUCAGCCACUCAGUGCCACGGAAUUCUCGCAGCCGGGCCUGCCCUCGUGCACUGGACGCUGGCGCAGCAGCCAGGGAGGAGCGCAGGGGCGGGGAGAAGGAGGAAGAGGGGGAGGGAGACGGAGAGCCGGAGGAGGAGCGGGUGGGAGGAGCAGGGGCAGCAGCGACAAGCCCCUCUGCACCCACUGGCCAAUCCCUCGCACCUGCUGCCCUGAGAAUGCCCCCCUCUGCUGGGUGGCGUGACGCGGACGCCCGCUGUCUCGCGCUGCGCCUGAUUGGCUGCCUUGCUCCGCUGGCUGCUGACGUGGCACACGUGCAGGAGCUGGUGGUGCGGGCGGCGAUGGAAGCAGAGGGACAGCAGGAGCUCUCCUUGCGGCCACAUUCCUCUGUGUUGUCUCUGCCCCCUUCAUCCUCAAUCCCCCUUCUUCACCUCUAUUCCUCGCGUCUUUCCCUUCCCCGCCUCUCUCCCUUAUUCCCCUCCUUCCCUCCCUCCACUCAGCGCCAUGCAGCUCUCUUCGCGCUCACCUUCCUCUGUGACGUCUCUCCUCCCUUCGCCCUCCACACUCUCCCCCUCCUCCUCUCCCUCGCUCUCCCCGCCUCCCCACCGCCACCCCUGCCCCUCUCCCUCAAACGCCAUCUGCACCGCUUCUCACACCUGCCUCUCCCACACAAAGUCAAGCACACAGAGGGAAGGCUGGAAGAGGGACAAGCACACAGAAGGAAGGAACAGAAAGGACAAGCACAGCGCGGCGAGAAUGUGACUGGGAAGCAGCAGCAGCAGCAUGCCAGUCUGAUGGCUGGUGAGGAGAGGGAUGGGGAGGGGGGAAACAGGGAACAUUUGUGUGAGGAGGUGAUUCUUGAUUUGGGUGCGAGUGGCAGCAGUGUUGUUGAAGUGCCUAGCGGGGCAUGA